CCACGAACACAUCACGAACAGACGGCGCAUGCGCGAUGUGUUUUGAGAGCAGUAACAAGGAAGUGCAGUCAUAAAUUGAAGGCAACGUUUCUACGUGCUGCUGCUUUUUUGGACGCCAGCUUUCUAAUGGCAGUGGACUGGAUCGGAUUCGGCUAUGCCGCAGCCAUCGCCUUUGGGGGAUUUAUGGGCUACAAGAGAAAAGGCAGCGUCAUGUCUCUGAUGGCUGGUUUAGUUUUUGGUUGUUUAUCUGCUUAUGGGGCAUACUACGUCUCUUAUGAUGCAAAAGACAUCAAGAUCUCAUUGCUUUCUUCGGGAGUCCUGUCACUCGUCAUGGGAACGAGAUACAAGAAAUCUGGAAAAUUAAUGCCUGCUGGCAUUAUGACCGGGCUAAGUUUGUUGAUGGUGUUUCGACUGCUUCUGCUCCUCGUUGGGUGACUGGAGGAGCAACGCUGACCAGACAGAGCAGUUCUCACUGAGCAAGCCUUGUUAUAAAGGAAACCGCAUUCCCAGUUUGAAUACUAAAACAAGCCUUCGAUUUUGUUUGGUAUUUUAACUCUUAUGUGACCAAAAGCUACCAGUGGGUGUUUAACAUAUUUAGCGUUAACUUACCUGUUAAUCGUAUUAAGUAAAUCAGUUUUGGAAAUCAUGAAUAGAUGCAACUGCUUUUUUUUUGUUGAGAAUUUGCAUGAACGUGAAUCUAUUUAAUAAGAUGAACAGAUGCACAUUAGUUUUGUAGGUGCAGUUGUUUUUCUUGGCAGGUGGUUUACUGUAAACGCUACAACUUUAUUUUUGCAGGCUGCAAAUACUGUCACGAUUAGAAAUAGCAAAUAUUAACAUAUAUUUUUUUUUUUAAAAGGGAAAAGUUUAAAGAAUAGUGUAUACUUUACCGCUGUCAUGUCUAACUUUGAAAAAAACACCGUCAAUUGUUGAUUUUUGUAACAACUGAAAUGAGCAGAACAAAUGUAAUAUGUUUUCAUGUACAUGGUGUGGAUCAAAUGAUGUAACUGAAUGAACAAACAAACAAUGUAUUCAAUUUGACUCAUGCAUUUAUUAAGUAAAGAACAUCACAUUAAAUCAAGAUAAUACGA